CCGAGGGCGGGGAAGCAGCGGUAGCGGUGCCUUUCUGGCUUCCCCAGGUGGCCUGGGAUCUCCAGGGACGUGCACUUUCUGCGCCUCUGGCGCGCGCCGCGCCUCGCCGCCCUCGCGCUCGUGGUAGAUCGCUCCAGUCUGCGUGCCCUCCGAGUUCGCGCCGUGCCCUCGCACUGCCACGCGCGCAUCGUCGUUUCUCCGGCUCCUCUACCCGCACGGCCACCCUCCUCGCCUGAAGCACGCACCGCGCCGGGUACCAAGGAGUGCGCAGCCCUCAUUUGGGGUGCACUCUUGGGUGUGCUCGGACCUGCGUUGAGGCCUCGGUCGCUGCUUCAGAUGCGGCCAGCUUCUCUGGCUGCCAGGACAUUUCUGCAGUCCUGCUAUCCCCCCGAGGUUCCCCUGGCCAAGCGCGCCUUUCAUCCUCCCUCCCCCGUGGCGCUUCGCGCGGAGGCCGUGGUGGCGCUUCGUGACCCCCGCAGGCGGAACCGAGCCAAGACCAUCGCUCACGCGGCUCGCCCUGUCCGCAGACCUGCCACGGAGCGGCCAGCGAUAGAGCGGAGCAGACCGAGCACAGCUUUGCGCUCCACAUUUUGCCCCCCGCCCCUCCUGGUCCUCUCUUUGGCCCGUUUCCUCGUCCUCGUACAGUCAGCACGUCUCACAAGAAGCUGGCCUGCUUGCAGGUGCCCCACGGGGAUUUCUUUUUCCCCGAUGGCCCCUGGGAGCCGCAGCAGCACCUGAGCACCGCAGAAAGUUCAAGGCCAACGACGACUGUGCCCCUCGAAUGCUUCUGGUAGCGCCUCUUAUCGUAUGUGGCCACUGCGCUCCUUACGCGAGGAGGGAGCUCGUCCGGGCACGGCCAGGACGCUUUCGACCAGGACGGCCACGUCGAGUCCACCGCGCACCUGCAGCACCCUCCGCCGCCGGACAUGAUGAGGGUUGGCUUCGCGCCUCCCAGGCCAACGAGGCGGUGGCCAGCCAGUUUCCCUGGACGAACAAGGGGCCGCACCAUGUCCCAGCUCUGUACCGCCAGGGUUACGUGCCCAUCGCGCCGGGCAGGGCGAGCAACGCUGCGAGCGGAGGCCCAUGCGUGCCUUUCCUGGUGCACUCAGCGUACCACAGCUUCCAGGACGCGCUGGCCAAAGCCCAGCUGCGCUCGAUGGAAGCAGGGGAGACCGCGCGGUGGCUGGAGCUGCAGCGCGCUGACGACCUCUUGCGCUUCCUGCAUCGCGCGGACAACUCGCACUUCUCGGACGCAGAGGUGAGCAGCCUGGGCAGGGCCCUGGCCGCCACGCAGCUGGCGGGCAGAGGCGCGCGCACGGAGGUGAACGGGCAGCUGAGCUACGAGGCAGAGAAGGUGCCAGGAAGCCCGUCGGCCUGUCGAUCGGCGCUGUGCAGCAGCUGGCGCAGUCGCUGGCGGCCCAGGGUUUCCGCUGCCGGGAUACGAAAUCCGGCCCGGCGGCUUCCUCUGAUCCGCCGCGCGGCACGCCAGCCGUCACCGCGGCGAGAAACCUCGGAGCGGAGGAAAGGCCGAGAGAUGGCGGCUCAACCACGGCCGAGCGUGGUCGAGCCUGCUGGGGGGAGGAGGGCCUCAUGGCCGCCGAGGAGGUUUUGACGACUGUCGUGAUGCAGUGGCGUUUUUGGGUAUGCGGGGGCGGUGUGUCAGAGCGACAAGUCUCCCAAGCACAGUGCUUGC